ACGGAUCUCGUUCAAAAAACGCGCAUUCAACCGCCAAAUAACGCUACAGGAUAUUUCCCGAAUCGUAUUCCAUCAACGAGUCCUCGUACAAACAAAGAAGCCCGGAACGCUUCCAGGUGUAUAUUAUUCGUGUGGAACUUAUUCUACCGCAGUUACCGGCGAACCAGGAGCUAGUGAUUCAAGUGGCGCAGAAGUAUUUACCAAAAACAAUCCAAAAAUGAGUGUGAAGGAUAUUUACUAUUCGGAUAAAUAUUACGACGACGAUUACGAGUACAGACACGUAGUGCUACCGAAGGAUAUAGCGAAAUUGGUACCGAAAACACACCUCAUGUCAGAGAACGAAUGGCGAGCGAUCGGUGUGCAGCAAUCGCGCGGAUGGGUCCACUACAUGAUCCACCAGCCCGAACCCCACAUUCUGCUGUUUCGAAGGCCCAUCACAAAGGCAUAAAUCAGCUUCAACGAUCUUCAGGACAAUGUGUCGGUGCGUGCGUGCGUGCGUGCAGUGAGUGUGUCAGCGUGUGUGUGUGUAUGCGUACCCUCUUAACCCCCGGGAACCGGUGGAGGCACCUUUGCGCGUCGUGAAGAUUCUGGAAAUGUUCUACGUAGCGUCGUCUUCCCGGAUGUAUAAUAAUGUUCGUCGCGUACGUACACCCCAGCACCGCCCGCUCCCCCACCCCACCUCAAGCUCCCUUCAAGCGUCUUUGUUUUGUUGUGGUUAUUCGCCCCAUUCUGCUGGUCUCUGCUAAGCUCUCGCUCAGCAUUUCGUAUCAAACAUUCGUUGCCAUCAAAUCGUGCUAAGCCCACAAUCGUCGUUAUUCGUCCAUUAGGAACUUACGAACCGGCUUUAAUCGUGUGUACAACCCGGCUGAACACUAACCGAUAUAAUUGUGCAUCAUCACAAUCAGCAGCGUAAUGGAAACAUUAUUUACCAAUUCGUCUCAUCAUGAUCGAAAAGAAAUCUGCAAAUUCAGCAGCCGUGAGGGGGCAGACACAGGGUAGACGACAGGCAGUCAGGUAUCAUCAAACGUUCAAGUGCGUUAGGAAAAUGUGGCACAACGAAGAAGAAAGGGGUAGUAUUCUCACCAGAAGACAGGAAAUUGCGAUCAAGGAAAAAGGCGUACAAUUCUCGCUCUAGCUCGAUGUAAUACCUCUCUCCAAUGUAUUCUCUCUCUCUCUCUAUAUCUCAUUACAUUUUUUGUUUGUUCUUCAAUGUACAGUUUCUUCUUUCCCUGACGAAUGUUUUGUCUACAAAAGAAAAGAGAAGCGAAAUGUGUGCCUUUUUCUAUAAAACCACGAAAUUACAUUUAAGGUAAAUUGUACAAAUAUAUUUAUGGCUUAAAACACACA